CAGGGAACAGCCCGGGGCAGCAGCCUGACACCUCCUGCAGCGCGAGCGUUCGCGCCUCCCCGCCGCUCUCCACAGCGGGCUGCGACUCGAACUCCGCACCCUGAGCCCCGCCCUCUGCUGUCCCGAGCACCCGCCCCGCCCCAUGACGGCCUCACGACAUAUCCCCACGUGGGUUUGGAUAGAUUUGCACGGCGGCCAAUAGGCGCUUGGGAUUCCAGAGGCUGAGAGGCGGCGGGGGCGGGGCUGGCUGCGCCGUGAGAAAAGGGAUUGGGGUGCUCAGGCUGCAGCCGGGUGAACCCCAAUCCCUAAGGGGCCCCGGGCUCCCCCCGUCUCGCCGUCGCCAUGGCCGAGCGCGAGGAGCGGCGCUUCGUGGAGCUGCCGCGCGAGUCCGUGCGGCUGAUGGCGGAGAGCGCGGGGCUGGAGCUGACGGACGAGGUGGCCGCGCUGCUGGCCGAGGACGUGUGUUACCGCCUGCGGGAGGCCGCCCAGAACAGCUCCCAGUUCAUGAAACACACCAAGCGCCGGAAACUGACGGUGGAGGAUUUCAACCGGGCCCUUCGCUGGAGCAACGUGGAGGUGGUGUGCGGCUAUGGCUCCCAGGACCCCCUUCCCUUCCGUGCUAUAAAGGAAGGGGAGCUCUACUUCCAGGAGGACCGUGAGAUCAAUCUGGUGGAGCUUGCCCUGGCCACCAACCUCCCCAAGGGCUGUGCAGAGACAGCAGUGAGAGUUCACGUCUCUUACCUGGAUGGGAAAGGAAAUCUGGAACCACAGGGAGCUGUGCCCAGUGCUGUCUCCACACUCUCAGAUGACCUGCUGAAGUACUACCAGCAUGUGACCCGAGCUGUGCUUGGGGAUGACCCGCAGCUAAUGAAGGUUGCCCUCCAGGACCUGCAGACGAACUCGAAGAUCGCUGCCCUGCUGCCCUACUUUGUCUAUGUGGUCAGCGGGGUGAAGUCUGUCAGCCAUGACCUGGAGCAGCUGAACCGCCUGCUGCACAUUGCCAAGAGCCUCAUCCAGAAUCCCUACCUGUGCCUGGGCUCCUAUGUCAAGAGCCUGAUUGCCAGCGUCAUGUACUGCGUGCUGGAGCCACUCGCCGCAUCCAUCAACCCCCUCAAUGACCAUUGGACGCUCCGGGACUACGCUGCCAUGCUCCUGAGCCACAUCUUCUGGACGCACGGUGACCUCGUCAGUGGCCUGUACCACCAGAUCCUGUUGUCCCUCCAGAAGGUGCUGGCUGAUCCAGUCCGCCCACUUUGCUCUCAUUAUGGGGCAGUGGUGGGGCUGCACGCCCUGGGGUGGAAGGCUGUGGAGCGAGUCCUCUACCCCCAUCUCUCCACCUACUGGGCGAACCUGCAGGCCGUGCUGGACGACUACUCUGUCUCCAAUGCUCAAGUGAAGGCUGAUGGGCACAAGGUGUACGGUGCCAUCCUGUUCUUCCUUUGCCAGGUGGCAGUGGAGCGCUUGCUGAAGAUGAAGGCGCAGUCAGUAUCCGCCCAGGGGGACAGACCAUGUAGGGAUGGGUGCCGUCGGGAGAGCUCUCCCUGGCUUAGCCCCCUGCAAGAUCCCCAAGUGGAGUUCAGCUUUGGCAUCGCCAGCCACCUGCUGCAGCUGGGCAGCGGGGGCCCCCAGCUGGGCACUGGCAUCUCUGCUGAUCCUCCCGCUGUCUCCCUGCAUGAGACCUACCGGGAGCUCUACGACUUCUUUGGGGACAGCCUGGCCACCCGCUUUGGCACGGGCUCGGGGCUGCAAGGAGCCGAGCCGACACCUCCUGGCCCCAAGGUCUUGGACACCAAGAAAGAGCAGCCAGCCUUCGGCACAGGGGAUGUGGUGCGCAAGAUGCCCCAGCUGACAGCCAAUGCCACAGUGAGUCCCCGGGAGGAGGAGAGCCCCCGGGCAGACUACCCCCCAGGCAGGCCAGCCCUCCAUCGCUCGGCCAGCGUGCCCCGCUCUCGUAGCACAUCACGCCAGCAGGGCCACCGGCCCGGGGUCCGUGACGUUUUCCAGAAGUGCCGCUUCUCCCCCCAGGGGCCACCGCACUUCAGCUUUGUGAUUGCUGGGCGGCAGGUGGGCCGGCGGUGCAAGGGCCGACUGUUCCAGACCUGCUUCGCCCAGCACCACGGCCCUAGCCACAUUUCCCGCUAUGCCCAGAAGCUGCCCAUGAUUGGCAGGACCAGCAAGCCUGUGAAGAAGUGGGCCUACUCAGAGUACUCCCUUUACCUGCCUCUCUGAGGAGUGACCUCUCCCCUCCAGGACUUCAGCUCAUGGGUCCUUCAUCCCUCCCCCAUACUACUGAGCAUCCCUUGCUAGGUGAAGUCAGGGACUGCCACUCAAACCAGACCCUUCAGGAGAAGAUUUUAUUUUCCAGGGUGGAGGGGGCCUACCCAGCAGCCUCAGGACUCUGCAGGGGGUGCUGAAGAGACAUUCUGCCCUCUGCCGUGCCUCCUACCUGCCCAGACUGUGGGUCAGGCUGAGCCUGCGACCUCUGCACUGAUGGACUGUGCACUCCUCCAAGGGCCAUCCAGGGUUUUCUGCGGUGUGAUGGCUGAGCCUUUGCUGGGGAGGUGUUUGGGGAGUAUGCAUGGGAGAGGGGAGGUGAUUGCAGAGCGUGGGGCCUAUCUGUGAUCUAGGUACAGCACACAGCAAGAGCCUCCAUAGGCUAACUAAAGGAUCUUAGCUCCCUAGCCCCAAGCCAUAUCCUCCCCUGAGGGAUGAGCGCUCCUGUCCUUAUGUACUCAGCACUCCCCUUGGAGUUGGAUUUUCCUGAUAGCCUACAGCAUGUCCCCCACUCCCCAAGCCUUGGAUUGACACCUGCUUGUUUAAUAAAGACGCUGCUGCUAUUGGGGACUGAGGAUUUGCUUGUUGACCUCUCCCUUGUUGCAUGGGGGUGGGGUAGCUAUAGCACCCCCUGUCUUGCCCCUGCUAGGUGCUGCCCCUUAGCCCCUCUGAGAUGUGGGCCAGUACUCACUGGAGGUAGCCAAGGGAAGACUAACAGCUAGGAAGCUCUGGCUCUCAGAGCUGAGGGACCUGCUCCUGUCUUCCUAACCCACUAUCAUAAACUAGGGCCCCAACCCCCACCCAUCUCCACACCUGCCAUGUCUGCCCUCUCUCAAACACUGAAUCAAAGCCUGCCAUGAGGGGCUGGGCCUGUCUGUAAAGUGAGGCCCCCAAGGUUUUCUGAAGGUGGCUUUAAAUAGCAGGACUUGGUUGCUCUUUGAGCAUGUCUAAGAUCCCAUGGCUGUUGUAACUGUGUUUAUUUUGGGGGUCAAAGGGGGUUCAACCAUGGAUCUGGCUAAAAUCACCCCAUCUCAGUUGCAU